AUGGCGCCCUCCAUCUACAUCGACGAGGACGUCGGUCGCGACGAUGCGACCGCCACCGGCACCGAGUCCACCCCAUACAAGACCCUCAUCCACGCCUUUGUGCACCACGAUCCCACCACCGAGGGAAUCCAAUAUUUGACCCGCAAGUCGCAGACUGACGCUGCCGGCGAAGAUGUCGACCCGGCCGCCAAGCUGGAGUGGAAGCCCGCCACCAAAUCCGCCACCAAGAAGGCCACCAACCUGUUGGACCAGCGCAAGAAAAAGGCCGCCAAGGAGCACGAACUCGCCAUCCGCGAGAAGGCCGAGUCUGACAAGCGCCAGCAGGUCCUGGAGGAUGCUAAGAAGAUCAUCAUCAAGGAGGACACCUCUCUGCCUGCCCCCGUCCGCAUUCGCCUCGACGUCACCGACCCCGCCGUCGUGAAGCUGCGCAGCACCGACUCCGAUGUCCCUGGUACCCGGGUCCGCGUCCUGGGUCGUGUGCACCGUAUGCGUGCGCAAAAGGGAGUCGUCUUCAUUACCCUGACCGAUGGCUACGGAUACAUGCAGUGCAUUCUGACCGGCGAUAUGGUCAAGACCUACGAUAUCAUGACCCUCACCCUGGAGACCUCCAUGUCCAUCCACGGUGAGAUGCGCUCCGUCCCCGCCGGUGCCCACGCCCCCAACGACCGCGAGCUGCACGCCGACUUCUUCACCAUCAUCGGCCGCGCAGCCGGUGACAAGGAGGCAAUCACCACCCGCGUGGCCAAGGAUGCCGACCCCCAGACCCUCCUCGACAACCGCCACCUCGUCCUGCGCGGCGAGACCUCCUCCGCCGUGAUGAAGGUUCGCGCCGCUACUCUUCGGGCCUUCCGCAAGGCCUUUGAACAGAACCGCCUGCUGGAGGUGACUCCCCCAGCCAUGGUCCAGACACAGGUUGAGGGCGGCAGCACGCUCUUCGGCUUCGACUACUACGGCCAGAACGCCUACCUGACCCAGUCGUCGCAGCUAUACCUGGAAACCUGUCUCCCAUCCCUGGGCGACGUCUUCUGCGUGUGCCCAUCCUUCCGCGCUGAGAAGUCCCUGACCCGCCGCCAUCUGUCGGAAUACACUCACAUCGAAGCCGAGCUGGACUUCAUCACCUUCAACGACCUGCUGGCUCACGUCGAGGAAGUCAUUUGCCGCGUCAUCGACAACAUCUUCGUCGAGCCCGAGAUCGCCGCCCUCAUUCAAAAGAUGAACCCUGAUUUCAAGAAGCCCAGCCGUCCCUUCCGUCGCAUGAAGUACGCUGAUGCUAUCGAGUGGCUUGUUGAGCACGAGAUCCCCAACGAAGAAGGUGAACCGCACAAGUUCGGCGAUGAUAUCGCCGAGGCUGCCGAGCGCAGGAUGACUGAUAUCAUCAACACCCCCAUCUUCCUUACCCACUUCCCCGCUGAGAUCAAGGCCUUCUAUAUGAAGAAGGAUGCUGAGGACCUCCGCGUCACUGAGAGUGUCGAUGUCCUUAUGCCCGGUGUUGGUGAGAUCGUAGGUGGUUCUAUGCGUAUGGAUGAUUGGGAUGAGUUGAUGACUGCUUAUAAGCGCGAGGGCAUGGAUCCCAGCCCUUACUACUGGUACACUGACCAGCGCAAGUGA